AUGGCCUCUUCCGACGCUAGUCGCAGUGUGCCCAUCGCGCAAUAUCAGGCAACGACGCAGCUUACCCUGUUUCCUCACUCGCCGCCAGACCCGUAUGGUCAUAACAUAUACAAAUUUCCAGAGGGUCUUAGAGAAAAGAGUAUCCUGUCGGAGCGAGAGGCCGGAAUGUCCAAAACGGCUCGGUGUUUCGACGACGAGAACCAGCCUUAUCUUCUCAAUACAGACCAGCACGACAAUCCAGACAACAGCUUGCGCAUCGAGGUUGUAAGGGUCCUUUCUGGCGGUCACGGUCGCGGCAACCAAGUGGUCUUGGUCAAGAUCCUUCACAUGCCCAGAUGCGAUCCCAAGGUUCCUCUUCCCGACAAGGAAGAAGUCGCAGUCGCCAAGAUCUUUGAUCCCUUGUUCUAUAGCACUUCAUUCCCCGAGGAUCUGCCCUUUUGGAAAGAUACAUCCAGAGCCGACAUGAGACUGAGUCGCGAGGCUGGCGCGUACAAGGAACUGCACGAGAACGGCCUGACUGGCUAUCCGCAUCUCGCCCCUCAGUACUACGGCUGUUGGACGACCUGUCUUACGAGCUACUCUCCAGACUGCGAGGGAAAGACGCGACAUGUUGGCCUUGUACUCCUGGAGUACAUCGAGGGAAGCAGCAUUCAAGCUAUAUGCGGCCACGACGACGAUGACGUCCUAAUCCCCCCCACACAACGAACUUACUUGGUCCCGAACGGCCCUGAUUCGAUUCAUUUCGACUUUGAGAAACGCUUGGACAUUCUAGCUCAACUUAUCGAGGGAACCAUCAAACAGAUAUACAAAGGGGUCUGGCAUGACUACGUUGAGCCAGAGAACGUACUCAUCUCCAUGCGGAACAAAUCAACCCUCCUUGAGACGCAAAGAGUCUGUCUCAUCUCCUACGAUAUCUGUAUGAUCGAUGUCAAACUCAGGGAUCCCGUCGACAGAUGGUCGCGGUUUCCUCACCCUCCGCAUCCUACCAAAUGCUUCGAUCUUGACCGAUUUCAUAGUUUUGGUGGCUGGUGGCCUCUCGAUUGGGAAAAUGGCAAAGGAGAUGAGCACUUCGAAAAUUGGCUGCUCGAACGCUUCGGAGAACAUGACUCCGAUAGGUACUCCUGCAAUCUGUUGUACUCAAGAGAAUGGCUGAAGCGGGAGAGAGAAAUCGCUAGAAAGAAGGCGAGAAUCAAGAAGAGAGAGAUGGAGAAGGAGAAGAAGAGAGCGAGGAGGUCGAAGGCGAAGGGGAGGAGGGCUGCGAAGAAGGCUGCCGCAGAGAAGACAGCGGCGGAGAGAGAUACCAUCACAGGACUGAGCUCGUCGGCCGCCGCCCUACGAAUCACUUACACAGAGACCGCAGGCAUUGCCUUCAUACAAUCUUUGAUGGCAGCCUGGAAGGAAGGAUUGAAAGCGGACAAAGUCGGCCAAGGACACGAGGGCGAGGAUCCUCGAGGAGAUUCAGUCGCGCAACCAAGCUCGUUGACUGAGACCCAGAGCCCCUCGGUGUCUCUGGAGGCAGAUGCGGAAGCAGCUGAAGCAGAGGAGGCCAGCCAGGAACACAAGGGUGAUGGCUCUUAG